GCCCUCGUCAAUUUCAGACUCAGCAUCCAUUUGAAAGGAGAGAGCAUCUUAUUGUUCGAUUGGGCAAACGCAUCGACAACGCAAGACAACUAGAACUAGUAGAUCACCAGCAACUUUCUUAACUCAGCGCAAUGGCUCUAAGGGGAACGCUUUCCACAUUUCUUAAAACACAACUUCAAGCUUGUCAAAUAAGCCGGGCACAUUCAGUCGCUAUAAUUGGGGCUCCGUUUUCCAAAGGACAGAAAAGAAGAGGAGUCGAGCAUGGUCCAAAAGCCAUUCGGGAUGCUGGUCUUAUUGAAAGGCUGUCAAAUCUAGACUACCCGAUCCAUGACUUCGGCGACCUGAACUUCCAACACCCAGAGAAGGACGAGCCCUACAUGCAUGUGCCGUACCCGCGCACCGUGGGCCGCGCCAACAAGCUGCUGGCAGGUGCAGUGAGCAGCGCCAUCGGAGCCGGGCACACCAGCAUCAUGCUCGGAGGAGACCACAGCCUUGCUAUUGGUUCGGUGGAGGGCCAUGCUCGGCAGUGCCCCGACCUUUGUCUAAUCUGGGUGGAUGCCCAUGCCGAUGUGAACACGCCAGAUACCUCCCCCUCUGGGAACCUCCAUGGUCAGUCGGUGGCCUUUAUGCUCAAAGAUCUGCAGGACAAGAUGCCAACUAUCCCAGGCUUUUCCUGGAUGAAGCCCUUCCUAUCCUCCCAAGACUUGGUCUACAUUGGACUGAGAGAUGUGGAUGCUGGUGAACACAUUAUCCUGAAGAACCUUGGAAUCCAGUACUUUUCCAUGCGAGACAUUGACAGAAUGGGCAUUGGAAGAGUAAUGGAAGUCACCCUAGAUCAUCUUCUGGCAAGGAAACAAAGGCCAAUCCAUCUGAGCUUCGACAUUGACGCGUUCGACCCCUCCCUGGCCCCUGCCACUGGCACCCCAGUCAAUGGCGGUCUCACCUACAGAGAAGGCAUUUACAUCACAGAGGAGAUCCACAGUACAGGGUUGCUGUCAGCUAUGGACCUGGUGGAGGUGAACCCAAUCCUGGGCGCCAACCCGGACGCAGUGGAGUCGACGGCCAGUCUGGCGGUGGACGUCAUCGCGUCGUCACUCGGUCAGUCGCGCGAGGGCGCUCACGGAGUCUACCAGGAGGUGGCCGAGGGGAAGGAGGACACGGAGCAGUUGAGGCUGUAGGAGGCGCGAGCUGAGCUCAUUUUCUUGGGACUGUUAUGCCUCCAAAGCAAAAAAAUCCUGCAUUCCAAAUGUUCUCCAAGAGUCUCCAGGUCGCAAGUGUGGCUGGGGGAAAAGUAGUAGAAGAAUUGAUUCCCAGCUCAUUUAAGAUGUUGAAUUCAAAACGGGUCUCUUUUUUCUGGUGACCUGAAUUCUUCAUGUGACCAGACAAGAGCAAAGGACUUACCCGAUUAUGGGUACAGUUAAGGUCCAGUGUGUGUACUUAUGAGUGCAUAUUUUUGUGUGUGUCUCUAAUUGUGAGAGAGUCUUUGUAAUUGUAUGUCCGAAUGUGGCUAGAAGCCAAAUUGUUGGACUGGUCUACUUGGCCGGUUGCUCAGUUUGUAAGUGCUAUGGGUCAAAAAUGGACAUGGACUCAAUAAUGUAGAGUUUAUUUUACACAUAGAAAGUGAAACUUUCUUUUACAUACUAAAAAAAAAGAAGAAAAACAACGUUAGAAGUGAAUGGAUUAGCUUCCUCAGGAUUUGGUCAGACCAUGAAAUUCCUGGCUGUCAAUCCGUAGUGGUUGUGCCAACUGGCACCUCUGCAGCGAUGAGAGAAAUAUUUGCACUUUAGGACCAGUAGCGGUUUUUACAGUGUGUUCCUUUUUUUAGAUCUGCUUGAUGUAGUUGUUCAUUUUACUGUGUGGAAUUCCUCCCAAGUGACUACUGCAAAGUAUUUUAUUUAUAUAACCUUGGGAAUGUCCGUUUAUCCGUUUGGCAUUGAGUGUACAAUUCAAAUGAAUAUGUUUUUUUCAAGGGCAAAUCACUACCCAAUGAACAAACAUGUUUAUGUCAUUUGUUCCUCGAAACUAGAUAAUGUUUACAGAUUACACAUUUCAGAACUGCCUUUUCUUGUCUUAAUCACUCAGAACUCAAUAAAACACUGAUAAACUA